AUGGGAUUUAAAAGCUUAUUGAAAUUGGAAGUUGAUGAGUUGCCUUCAUCACUUGGUUUAUUUGUUGUUAAAAGCUUUGAUAUGGAUAAAAAGGUACUAAAAGUUAUAAAUGGAGAAAUUAAGGUUGACAGACAAAGUGUGAACGAGAUGCUUGGAAUUCCAAUGGGUGACCAAAAAGUGGAAGACCUUAGUUUUCGACCUGCAGAAGAUGAAUGCUACAGCAAAUGGAUAUCCCAAUUUCAUAAAGCAGAAAACAUUAGAUUGAAUGAUAUCACAAAUGCAAUUAUAUCAUCAAAAGAGGCUGAUUUCAACUUCAAACUCAAUUUCAUUGUUCUGUUUUGCAACACUCUAGUUGAAAGUACACCUACAGGGUACUUCUAUGGUCCACUGACAUACUUGCUGCUAUUAUAUGUUGAUCAUGUUCAAUUCGAUGAAGAAAAUGAUUUACGAUUACAUCCAGCAAUAAAAAAUUGGGAUUCUAUCAAAAUGAAAAAACGAGAAACUAGCGAAAUGAAAGUUGGAAUGUUUGGAACAGGAAAAAUUCUUGAAAGAUUGCAAAAUAUAACAGAUAAAAAGAUUGAGAAUAUGUCAGAAAAAGGAAUUGGUGAAGAAGAAAAGAAGGAAGAUAAUGAGGUCGAUAACAAAGAGCAUGUGGAUUACACAGAUGAGGUCCAUAAGACAGAGGAAGGAAGAUCUAGAAAAACUUCAAAAAUGAUCAGAACUAGAAAAACUUCUGAAAGGAUCACUGAGAACAAGUUAAAAAAAUUGUAA